AUGACCACCAUUGACCAUCUCGCAUACCCUCACAUCAUUGACCUGAUAUGGCCGCACUUGGCUUACCCCACCCUCGUUGCCGCCAGCAGGACCUGCCGAGCGUGGCGGACCAGAUCUUUACCUGACCUUGCCGAGCACGUCUCCAUUAGGAGGGGUAAAGGCGAGGGGCUGGACUGCGAACUCAUUGUGUCCUCGAGAAACUUGAAGUACCCCGACAUCUCCGUCGAGCUAGGUCGCGGCACGGUCAAGUUCUGGCAGCUCGGCAUGCACGCCCCGCUCCCCCGGCAGAGGUGGUACGUCAUUCCCAUCAAGCCCGGACCGCAUCCAGAACGAUCUCGGUGGAUCCCCGUAUUCAAGAAGACGCGCAUCGUGGACUGGCGGGGCUUUCGCUCCCUCGCAAUCGAACAAGUCGGCAUUUUGCCCGCCAUGAUCAGUAACCGGCCACCAGAAACCGCGGAACCAGUCUCGCGCUUAUUCGAAAACUUCACAGUCGGCGAGUCGCUCGGAGGGGUCCUCGACUGGGCUCCAAAUGUCAUCUUCCUGGAUGUCGAUGCGAGCCGCGGUCUGGCAAUUCCAACCUGCGGGUCAUUCACAGGCAUGCUUGAGCGCGAGAGGGGCUGCCGCCGGACGUGGCGUGUCCGUCAGCUGGCGCUUAACCUCCGAUGCAUGACAGACCCAGGCGCGGACUUGGUCGCCGUAGAACAUCAACACACUUAUAUGUCUGGUCUGGAACUCGUAAUACCAAUCAUCAUUACCGCUGCCGGUGGAGAGGUGCUCCCUGACGCUAUGGCCAAACUUCUCAAGGAGCUCCAGUACUACUCAAGCGGAAUCUUCGGGCUGGACCAGCUCCUGCCGCCUGGGACGAGCUGGGAUGGGCUGCUCGUGUCUGCUGGACUGAUUGAGAGAGACGACAUGUUCCUCUUCGACAACAUCCCAUAUGGCAACCCCGGCGACUACAUCUCGGCAGCUUGGCAAGACAGGAGGAGGCUGUGGGGCAGGCUGAGAGACUAUAAGAUGUUCUUUCCGGACCAGUUCCUAGUCCACACGGUGAGAUAG